UGAUCUCUGACGACAUGGUGACGUAGCGGUCUAAACAGGAAGUUUAAACAGCACGCUGCUCCAGUCUUUCCCCACAUGACCACACGUUACAGCUGCUGUCGUCAGUAACAGCCAACAUAUAUGUCGGAUGAGUGAGCCGCCAGGAUGGCAGCAAGCAGGCUGAGCUUCAGAAACAUCACCGCCCUGGCUCCCAUGGUCCGGGUGGGGACUCUGCCCAUGAGGCUGCUGGCUCUGGACUACGGAGCUGAUCUGGUUUACUGUGAGGAGUUAAUCGACAUCAAAAUGGCCCAGUGUCACAGGGUAGUGAACGAGGUGCUGGAGACGGUGGAUUUUGUCGCUCCAGAUGAGCGAGUGAUGUUCAGGACCUGCGAGAGGGAGAAGGACAGAGUUGUCUUUCAGAUGGGAACUUCUGACCCAGACAGAGCACUGACCGUGGCCCGGCUCGUGGAGAAGGACGUGGCUGCUGUCGAUGUGAAUAUGGGCUGUCCGAAAGAAUACUCCACUAAGGGCGGGAUGGGAGCUGCUCUUCUGUCGGAUCCUGACAAGAUUGAGGCGAUCCUCAAGAAGCUGGUCACAGGACUUUCCAUACCGGUCACAUGUAAAAUACGAAUCCUGCCUUCGUUGGAGGAGACGCUCAGUCUGGUCCAGAGAAUUGAGAGGACCGGCGUCGCUGCCAUCGCUGUUCAUGGCAGGAUGAAGGAAGAGCGUCCCAGACACCCCGUCCACUGCGAUUAUAUUCAGGCCGUCGCUCAGGCUGUUUCCAUCCCCGUCAUCGCCAAUGGAGGCUCUCUGGAUCUGGUGAAGACAAACGGCGACAUCGAGGAGUUCAGGAAGGCGGCGGGCGCCUCGUCAGUCAUGUUGGCCCGUGCUGCCAUGUGGAACGCGUCAGUCUUCAGCAACCAGGGACCACUUCCUGUGGAGACGGUCAUGGAGGAAUACCUCAAAUAUGCAAUCCAGUACGAAAACAAUGCCUUCAACACCAAGUACUGUCUGUGUCAGAUGCUGAGAGACAAGGUGGAAUCUCCUCUGGGGAAGCAGGUGCAGGCGGCUCAGACCAUCGCUGAGAUCAGCGAGGCGUACAGGCUGCAGGAGUUGUACCAGCAGACCCAGGAACGGCUGCAGGCCAGGAGGGAUGUCCUGGAGAGCAGCAGCCAGCCGGACCGACUCGUAAUGGAUGGAGAUGUCACCACCAUGGCUGUCAAGUUUGAGCGGAGAGAGUAUCCACCUCAGAUCACUCCAAAGAUGUUCCUGCUGGAGUGGAGCCGCAAGGAGAAACUAGAGCAGCCGCUGUAUGAGAUGGUGCAGCGCUCUCAGGAUCGAGCCUUUCAGUCCACCGUCACUAUAGCAGGAAAGAAAUACAGAUCUUCACUGUGGGAGAAGUCGAAGAAAUUUGCAGAACAAGCGGCCGCCAUCGUCUGCCUGCGAGUUCUGGGUAUACCGGAGGGUCGAAUCGGAGAGGAAGACUCUGGCCUGGUCUGCAAGAGGAAGAGGGAGGCAAAGAUGAACGGCAUCACAGAGGAAGAGGGGAUCAAGAAAAGACAUGUAGCUGAACAGGAAACGGACAACUCAAAGAUGGCUGCAGUUGCCAAUGGUGACCACCACAAACCAGACACGCCUCCAGAAUAACCGUAGGAGUUAAUGAACAGUCAAAAACUUGAUGAGACACUCCGAUAACGACUGACAAACGUUUGUGUGAACCGGAAGAACAAAUCAAGGGAGGUUUUUGUUUAACUGCAUCAAACAGAUUAACUGUUUUUUUUUCUGUCCAUACGUUUCACAUGUUCAAACUGGGAACUGCCCAGUGCUCGACUGUGGAGAGUCUUCACUGUUUACUCCUCUUGAUUUUUAUUAUUUUAUUAUAUACACAGUAUUUUAUUAGUAUAGAACAGAAGAUAUGAGUAUGCAGCCGGUAGGGGGCAGUGCUGAGCCUUCAUAUUAAGUUUUCAUCACUUUAAAUAUUUCAGAAACAACACAUUCAUUUUAACCUUGGUGCCUUAUGGAGAAGAAUAUUUUUAUCUUUCUUUUUUCUACCCUGAUUUUUGGACAGGCCUUAAACUCAUCAUUUGUCUCCUGAAUGCGUCCUGUAGUCUCAGUUGAAGACAGCCGAUGUUGGAUUAAAUGUGUUUAACUCUUAUUUGUUGCCAUCACUGAUUCACUGAAGUAGAUAUAGGGUGAUAUAUGUUUCUAUUUUUACUUGUAUCCACCAUCAGGUCUUAUUUGUUCUUUAUCUGAACAGUCUUCCGAACCAUCCUGACACAUUUGGUUUCAUUUUCAUUUUGAAGGAACAAAGCGUUAUUUUGAAUCCUUUAUUAUAUUUUUCAAAUUCAGUGAAAAGAACAAAACCUGUAAUAAAUCCAUCUGGAUAACAAAUACUGAUAGAGUAGGUGCAUCCUGAUGGAGUUAAUGUCUCAACUAAACUAAUAAACUCAGCUGAAAGAGCCAAA